AGUAUUGUCCUGUUUAGCUGACGCUCAAAAUGUGGCAAGACAACCAAGUCAAAUUUGAUGUUUCUCAUUCUAAUAUGCAAUUACGACCUGGUGAACUCACUGUCGACAAACUUGAUAUGAUAGAAGAUACAAAAGGCAAUACUGGGGAACUAGGAAGACUAAUUGUCACCAACUUGAGAAUCAUAUGGCAUUCUUUAUCCUUACCACGAAUUAACUUAAGCUUAGGCUAUAAUACAUUUAUCACAGUGAAUACGAAAAUUCUUCAUACGAUUCAUGGUGUAUAUGUACAAGCUCUUUACAUAUUAACUUCGUUUCGAAAUUGUCGAUAUGAAUUCAUAUUUACGAAUCACGACACUAAAAGUACGAGACACUACACUUCGGUUAUAGGUGUUUAUAGAGCUUAUGUGUCAUCGAAAAUCUAUAGAGAAAUUAAAUUGAGGAGUGGCAUUAUACGUGAAAAUCGGCUGGUUUUAUUACCUCAAGAAAAGGUGCACUCCUCUGUGAAGGAUGUUUGGAAUUUAUCUAUUGAACAGGGGAAUAUCGGAACUUUUAUCAUAACAAAUAUACGUUUGGUAUGGUAUGCGGAUGUAAAUUAUCAGUUUAAUGUAUCGAUUCCUUAUCUUACAAUCGGAAAUAUUACUAUAAGGACAUCGAAAUUUGGACCAACUUUAGUAAUUUUAAGUACAGAAGCCAGUGGAGGAUACAUCUUAGGUUUUCGCGUUAAUCCCUUGCAACAGCUUCACAUUACAUACAAAGAAGUAUCGAUACUCCGUUCAGAAUUUGAAAAAUUUCCUAUUUUUGGUGUGGAAUAUACAUUUGAGCAUCAGGCACCUGUGCAAGAAGAAAUUAGUGUAGAACACUUCACUGAGAUACAAGAUAAUCAAGCUGAAAUAUCAAAUAUAUUUGGUUAUUAUUUCUCUGAAAGAGAAACAAGUCAAAGAAAGCCAAAUUAUUCGAUUUAUUUAGGACUUGCGACGGAAGAGCCAAGAGAAGGCAGCACAUUACAGAAUUUAUGGGAACUUGUACCAUCAUCUGUUAAUUGAUUUCUUUAAAUUAGUACUCGGCAUUAGAUGCACAUUUCGAGCCGAUUCCGGCGAGCGACCCCACUAUCA